AUGUCCGCCACCUAUAGCCCUGCUUCCACCAUGGUGGACCCACUCUCUCCCCACCUUCUCAGUCCGCACGACCACGAGCUCUCUCGCCACCUCGAGUCGCCGCUCGAGCCGCUCCCCACCGACCCCGAGCCCGACCUUGACGCCCUAGUCGAGCUCGGCACGUUGGGAACGCCCGUCGGGUCGCCACGCAAGCGCCCCUCGCUCGACGACGCUGCUGGCUUUGGCGCCCGCGACAAGCUGCGUCGCCUGGAGAGCAUCGCGGCCGCCCUCGCGCGCUGCGGAGGCAGCAUGGCCACCGAGCGCGACAUCCUGCGCUUCCUCCUCGCCCAGAACGAGGACGGGGACGUGGUGGACGACGAAGACGACGAAGAAGACGAGUUCGAGUACGACUACGACUCGGUCGGUACCGAGACGGACACGGAGGAGACCGACGAUGAGGGCUACCACCCCCACCACACAAACGAAAAGUCUGGACACGGGAUCGGGCUUGGCCUCAAGCUCCACGACGUGCACGACACCACCACCCGACUCCCGGUAGACAAUGACCCGGACCAAGACCUCGAGGACCUGUACCGCUUCGCCUUGCCUGCCGAACACGAACACGACACGCUCGAAAUCGAGAUGGGAACAGACCUCAUCGAUCGCAGUGUCCCCAAUAAAAGCUAG